UCUGAAAUACCUUUGUGUCAGCCUCAGCCUCCACCAUUUCGCCGCCAUAUUGAUUUUCUGUAAGUUUUGAUGAUUCCUUAUAAAAAUAAGGAUUCUGCCUGCUAUUCCAGCUGUUGAAAGCUAAAUUUUCUUGUAAACUGGACCAACAUCGUAAUGGCUGCUGAACGAUCUCGACGCCAAAAUGCUGGAACUAAAAUGCAGAAAUUGAUCGAGGAUGAAGAGGAGGACGAUUUUUACAAAACUACCUACGGUGGCUUUGAUGAGGAAGAUAACGACAAUGUCUAUGAGACUGAAGAUGAUGACGACGAUGUUGUUGAUUCAGAUUUUAGCAUUGAUGAAAAUGAGGAGGUAAAAAGCGAGGAAGAAGAUGAACGUCCUAGAAAAAGAAAGAAAACUGUUGUAAAAACGUUUAAGGCAUUGAAAAAAUCUGACGAAACUAAAUCCAAAACAACGCAAAAGAUUAAAUCCACUCUCAAGUUAAAAAGGCCCACAGAACAAGCUUCAAACGAAGAGAGGAAGAAAACGUUUCGCUCAUCCACACUACAGAAAAGUGAAGACUCAACAGGAAACGUGAAAACCCCAACAAAGCGUGUUUACAAGCAGCCAGAGUUGAGGAGGCUUACCCAAAAAGAACUUUUAGCAGAAGCAAAAAUAACAGCUGAGAAAAACUUAGCCUCAUUAGCAGCAUUCUUAAAACUUGAAGCAGAAAAGAAAAAAACCAAACUUCACAAAGUUUGUCAUGCAGGACCUAUAGUGCGUUUCCAUUCUGUAACCAUGCCAAUAGUCGAGGAAGAUGAUGCCAAAGUUGUUGAUGGUGAAGAGCAACUUGAUGAUACCAGUGCUACUAAGAAAUGUUCACGGAAUUUCAUGAUAUUUACUGAUUUAAAAAACUUUCCACAUGGUUAUUUUCCAGACAAUAAACCAGGGCAUCAAGAAAAGCCACUUUGCGUUAUCACUGGCCUCCCUGCUAAGUACAAGGACCCUUUGACAUCACUUCCAUUUGCAACUUUAGAAGCCUUUAAAGUUAUUCGCUCUCAACACAAUCCGCCUUUGGCAUCACAGAAGUUGCAAAAUUCUGAUGGGUCAAACAGUAGAACCAGGAGGAGAUGAUUGUUUUGCUGGCCCAAUAUUAAGAUAUUUGCCAUGACAAUACUAUUCUUGCUUGCCUUGCUAAUUUGACCGUUUUUCCCCUCCCCCCAGACUGUUUCAUUAAAAAUUUUCCUUGUGAAUCUUGUAAAAUUACAUGCUACUUAAUGAGUGAUGAUAUUUUGAGGAUUUGCUUAAUAACCCUAAGUGAUAAUGAGCUUUCUUGAAAAAUAAUAGUAUAUAGUA